AUGAUAGCACCAUCGCCAGAACCAGGUAAUAAAGAAUCAACUGUUGAUAUACUCUAUGAUUUAUGUCGAGAAAAUCAAGUUGAAAAACUUCAAAAUUUUCUUACAUCAGUAGAUAAUAUUAGCAUAUUGAAUACAAUUCAAAAUUUAACUGGUUCAACAUGUCUGCAUGUCGCGUGUUAUUAUGGGCAUAAAGAAGUGGUUCAAGUUUUAUUAGACUAUGGUGCAUUGUCUUCAAUUCAAAACAGACAUAAUUUGACAGCAUACGAAGAAUCAUCUGUUGAUGAUAUAAAACAGUUAUUUAUUAAUAAACGAAUAUUUUAUUCUGAAACAGAUUAUGACCACAUUCAAUGGUCAAUUACUGGUCAUGAUUUAAUAGAAAAACGUCGAGAAUUUCUAGAAACAAUUGAUUUAUAUAGAACAUACAAUAAUAGUCAUCCAAUUAUAUCGAAAUUAUUAGCAGAAGUAAUUCAUUAUUAUUUAAAUGAACAUUUGAAGAACAUGUCUCCUACCGGUAAUUCUGAAGAUCGAAUUACCGAAGAACAGAUUAAAGUUAUUGAAGAUUAUUUUCGUAAAGCCAUAGAUGAAAAAGAUUAUAUGAAAUAUUUCAUAAAAGCUUACACAUUAACAGAUUAUUUUCAUAGAAUAUUAAAUAAACAUUUAGCUUUAUAUAUUCUACAAUAUUUUGAUCAAACCAAAGAUUUCUGUUCAAAUUAUCGUCUAGUAAAUUGUCUCGUGCAUAUUGUUACUCUAUUAAAAUUUCAUCCAGACAUCGAAAAUGAUUUGAAUCCAUAUCAAUUAAAUCAACAUAUAUUAAAUCGAUCAUUUUUAUCUUCAUCAAUUGAUUAUAGAGUUGCCAAAAUGUUUGCUGGUGAAGGUGAACAGCCUCAAAUGCGACAUACUUCUGAUCAACGUCCAUUACAAUUUUCAUGUUUAUGUCAGUAUAAUAUUGUACAAAAUUCAACAGCUAUCAAUGUACAAGACUUAUCAAUGAGACCGGAUGAAAAAGAAAUUCUCAUUCUACCAUUUGCUGUUUUCAAAGUGGUGAAUCUCAAACGAAAUUAUAUUGAUCAUUCACAAGCAGCAAUUUCAGUUGAAAUUGAAUUAGAAGAAUGUGAAGAUACAGAUGGAGACUUCGAGUCGACUUUACUUGAUAAUACCACUAAACCUGUAGAAGAAUAUAAAAAAAAAUAUAAAAAGCGAAAAGGUCUUUAUAUCUUUAUUGCAGUUUUAUUAUCAAUCAUUGUUUUGGCUUUAACACUAGCACUAAUAUUUGUAUUUGUAAUUAGAAAAAAAUAUUUACAAAAUGACGAAGAUCCAUAUGAUUCACCAAAAAACUGUUCAAAUAUUUUAAAUCGAAAUGUAUGGAAUGCGGUUAAGUCAAUAUCCCGUUACGAUUUACCUAUACCAGUUUCAUAUAUUGUCGUACAUGAAUUAACUGAUUUAUUAAAUAAUAAAAGUGUGACACAACAAGAUUGUGCACGAUAUAUAAAUGCACUUCAGAAUUAUUAUAUGAAUCAAAAAGGUUAUGAUGAUAUUGUAUAUAAUUUUAUUAUUUGUGGUGAUGACGAAAAUGAUAACACUAGUCAACAACAAAUUUAUACUGGAAGAGGAUGGAAAAGUUUAGGAGCACAUUGUAUUACAUACAAUAGUAAAUCAUUAGGUUAG